AGUAUAAGCUUCUCACCAACCAAACACCUCCUUAAGCAUCAAUCUCAAUCAUCACAAACUAUCCAACACAGCUUUCAAGUAUUUGAAGAGAGAAUUUGUUUGAAGAUGAGUUUGUUUGACAUGGAUUUGAGUGGUGUAGUGAACAGUUUAUUCAAUCUUCAUGAAACUCCUAGGAUUCAUGACAAUCAUGAGAGCAGAAAAACUUCCACCAGUAUCCCAGUUGAUAUUCUGGAUACUCCAAAAGAGUAUAUAUUCAUCAUGGAUUUUCCUGGUCUCUCUAAAUCUGAAAUUCAGGUGACAGUUGAAGAAGAGAACACACUUGUGAUAAAGAGCAAUGGAAAAAGGAAACGCCAAGAUGGAGAAGAUGAAAAGAGCAAUGGAAAAAGGAAACUCCGAGAUGGAGAAGAAGAAGAAGGCUGCAAGUACCUAAGACUGGAGAGAAGAGCACCACAGAAAAUGGUGAGGAAGUUUCGGUUACCAGAGAAUGCUAAUGUGUCGGCUAUAACAGCUAAAUGUGAGAAUGGAGUUCUUACUGUGGUUGUAGAGAAGCAGAAUCCUCCUCCAAAAGCAAAAACAGUUGAAGUUGCCAUUGCAUAAGGAUAGUUAUUUGUGAUAUAUUGGAUGAUAGGUCUUUUGUAGUUUUUUGUUUAUCAGUUUAGAAGUUUCUACAGAAGUGCUUUUUGGUUUUGAGUUUGUGGGGUUUAAGGUGGGAAUUGAAGUGUUAAAUCAAUGUUUGUAGUUUUUUAUGUGUUUAUUAUGUUUCUCUGUAAUGGAAUUUCGAAUUUAAUAGAGAAAUACAAAGAACAAUCUUCUCAAGAAA